AUGGACUGGGUAGAGGCUGUUGGUUACGGUGCUGAAUAUUCUUGUAUAUCCUUUGGCAAUAACUAUGUAUCCGACCCAACUAUCAUCAAAGAAAGUGAUGACGAUGUAACGAUUGGAUCUGCCCUUGUUUUAUCAUGCGGCGAUAACACGAUUGCUGCAGACAUCUACCUAUGGUACUUUCAGGAGUUAUAUAUUUCUGACCAGAGCAGUAAGAUACUCGAACUAGAAAAUUUUACAGAGGAUAAUAUCGGGAUGUACAAAUGUCGGGCUGUGAAGAGUCAGUACACAACAGCAAAUGCGUCUUUUGUUGCUAUUAUGAAACCUACGAUAACUCGAGAGACUUCUGGAACUUUCUAUGGUGCAGGCGGUGACUACGUUCUCAGAUGUAACUCUGGCUCGAGUGCUACAGAAGGGUGGACGUACACAUGGACCAAAAGUGGAAACGUUGACGCCGGCACCACUGCGGAUUCCUACACAAUUACCAAUGCAACUGCAGCCACACAUGACGGCAACUACAGCUGCAGCUCAAUCUACAAUGGUGUAUCUAGCACGAGCAAUAACCUAACUAUAACUAUAAUUGCUGCCACACUAAUAGCCAGAGACUCUGUUGGUGAAAUAACUACAGACACAACCUAUAACGUUGGAGCAGAUGGUCCAAAUCUCACCUGCACGACAACCCCAGAACUGGAAAAUGUUGAUAGCUCAAAACAUCUGAGAUACGAUUUUUGGAAUGGUGUAGCAUCCGUGCAAGAAGGUCCUUUAAACACUUACACCAUUUAUUCCGGUUCAGAAAAUAGUGCAACAUAUAAUUGUAGUGUUACAUAUGAUGGGACCACAACAUAUUCAUUACCAAGCAGUACUGUCGCGUUUAGUAACAGUUACAUUUCCGACCCUGUCAUAUAUAAACAAAAUCCAGACGAGUUAUCUAUAGAAUCUACCCUUGUUUUAUCAUGUGGCGAUGAAACAACUGAAGCUGACAUUUUCCAAUGGACAAUAAAGGACAAAGUACCCCAAUAUCAACAGAGCCAGACAUUCCGGGUGGACAAUUUCUCAUUGGAUGAUAUCGGAGUGUACAAAUGUCGUGUUAUAAAGAGUCGUUACAUUACGGCAGAAGCGUCAUUUGUUGCUAUUAUGAAACCCACUAUAACCCGUGAGCCUUCUGGAAUAUUCUACGGUGCAGGAUGUGACUACAAUCUCCUUUGUAAUUCUGGCUCAAAUGAAUCGGUGGGGUGGACCUACUUGUGGGCAAAAGAUGGUGAAAACACAUCAUUGCAAUCAGAUUCCUACUUUCUAGAAAAUUCAACCGCAGCUACAAACAAUGGCGUCUACACAUGCACAUCCUCAUAUAACGGGGUAUCCAGUACCAGCAAUGGGCUAAAUAUAACUAUCGUAGCUGCUAUCGUAGAGGUAACAGACACAACAGGUCCAGUAACAACAGACACAGUGUACAACGCUGGGUCAGAUGGUCCAACACUCACCUGCACGACAACAGAAGAACUUGCUGAUUACGACAUUAAAAUUCCUCCAGUAUAUGAAUUCUCUGAUGGCACAGAAAUAAUACAAACUGGACCCUCAAACACCUACACACUGAAUAUAUUUGUUCUGAGCAGUGCAUCUUAUAACUGUAGUAUUACUUUUGACGGAUCAACAACAUUUUCGCCGCCAACUUAUAAUAUCGAAAUCAGCGACAACUAUGUUCCUGAUCCAACUCUAUUCAAAGAAAGUGCGGAUGAUUUUACAAUUGGAAUUCCACUUCUUUUGUCGUGUGGUAAUACUACUGUUGAUGGAGACUACUAUGUAUGGUACUUCCAAGACAAUCCUAUCCUCGACCAGAGCAGUAAGAUAUUGCGACACGACAACUUUACAGAGGAUGACAUUGGAGAGUAUACAUGUCGGGCUGUGAAGAGUCGGUACACGACGGCGAAUACAUCUUUAGUUGCUCUUAUGAAACCCACAAUCACCCGUGAGCCCUCUGGAACUUUCUAUGGUGCUGGCGGUGACUACAUUCUAAGGUGUAAUUCUGGUUCAAGUUUUACAACUGGUUGGGACUUCUCGUGGACAAAAGAUGGCAACUUGACAAUAAGUGUAUCUGAUUCAUACACACUUGAGAAUGCGACUGCUGAUGAAUAUGACGGGGUCUACGCAUGCACCUCAUCCUACAACGGGGUAACAAGAGCAAGCGAUGACCUAAGUAUAACCGUCGUAGCUGCUUCACUUGUCGUGGAUGAUCUAACCGGUCUAAUAACUACAGACACAACUUACAAUAUUGGAGCGGACGGUCCAACACUUACCUGUAUAACUAUUCCAGUGCUGGCAUUCCUAAGCGGUGCAAAAGCUGUGGAAUAUGAUUUUUCAGACGGUAUAAAAUCAAUACAAAAAGGAACUUCAAACACCUUCAGCAUAAAUAUGUUUGCAUUAAGUAAUACAACAUACAAUUGUAGUGUUACUUACGAUGGAACAUCUACAUUUUCAUCGACCAGUCCAACAAUAUCUGUCAGUAAGUGUGUAUAA